CCAGCUCAGUGCACGGUGGCGGCGGCGGCGGCGCGGGCAGCUGGCGCCGUUCGGUCCGGCUCCGGCGCACGGACGCACGGACGGGCGGACAGCCCGAGGGACCCGACGAGCGCCGUCCCGCAGGCUGCAGUCCGAAGCGGAAGCCUCGGGCAGUGAGUUGGGCUCCUGUGGCCGCCAGGUCGGAGCGAGGGACCAGACGCCGGAGCGGCGCCCACCUCCUGCCGGGGCCCGAGCCGGGCCGUGGGGGACAGCAUGUCCGCGCGCGCCUCUUGAGGACGCCACGGCCUCCGCCCCCGCCAUGGGCGCCCCGGCCUGCGCCCUCGCACUGUGCGUGGCCGUGGCGGUUGUGGCCGGCGUCGCCUCGGAGCCCCCGGGCACAGAGCAGCGCGUUGUGCCGAGAGCGGCAGAGGCCCCCGGGUCUGAGCCCAGCCAGCAGGAGCAGGUGGUCUUUGGCAGUGGCGACACUAUGGAGCUGAGCUGCUACCCACCUGGAGGUGGUUUUGUGGGUCCCACUGUCUGGGUCAAGGAUGGCUCGGGACUGGUGUCCUCGGGCCGCGUCCUGGUGGGGUCCCGGCGGCUGCAGGUGCUGAACGUUUCCCACGAAGAUGCAGGGACCUACAGUUGCCGGCAGCGGCUCACGCAGCGCGUGCUGUGCCGCUUCAGUGUGCGCGUGACAGAUGCUCCGUCCUCGGGAGACGAUGAAGACGGGGAGGACGUGGCUGAGGACACAGGGGCUCCCUACUGGACACGGCCAGAGCGGAUGGACAAGAAGCUGCUGGCGGUGCCAGCUGCCAACACCGUCCGCUUCCGCUGCCCAGCUGCUGGCAACCCCACUCCCUCCAUCUCCUGGCUGAAGAACGGCAAGGAAUUCCGUGGGGAGCAUCGCAUCGGGGGCAUCAAGCUGCGGCACCAGCAGUGGAGCCUGGUCAUGGAGAGCGUGGUGCCCUCGGACCGCGGCAACUACACCUGUGUGGUGGAGAACAAGUUUGGCAGCAUCCGGCAGACGUACACGCUGGACGUACUGGAGCGCUCCCCGCACCGGCCCAUCCUGCAGGCAGGGCUGCCAGCCAACCAGACGGCGGUGCUGGGCAGCGACGUGGAGUUCCACUGCAAGGUGUACAGCGACGCGCAGCCCCACAUCCAGUGGCUGAAGCACGUGGAGGUGAACGGCAGCCGGGUGGGCCCCGACGGCACGCCCUACGUCACCGUGCUCAAGUCCUGGAUCAGUGAGAAUGUGGAGGCGGACGCGCGCCUCCGCCUGGCCAAUGUGUCGGAGCGCGACGGGGGCGAGUACCUCUGUCGAGCCACCAAUUUCAUAGGCGUGGCUGAGAAGGCCUUUUGGCUGCGUGUUCAUGGGCCCCGAGCAGCCGAGGAGGAGCGGGUGGAGGCGGACGAGGCUGGCAGCGUGUAUGCAGGCGUCCUCAGCUACGGGGUGGGCUUCUUCCUCUUCAUCCUGGUGGUGGCGGCUGUGACGCUGUGCCGCCUGCGCAGCCCCCCCAAGAAGGGCCUGGGCUCGCCCACCGUGCACACGGUCUCCCGCUUCCCGCUGAAGCGACAGGUAACAGUGUCCUUGGAGUCCAACUCGUCCAUGAACUCCAACACGCCGCUGGUCCGCAUCGCCCGGCUGUCCUCGGGAGAGGGUCCCACACUGGCCAACGUUUCUGAGCUCGAGUUACCCGCCGACCCCAAGUGGGAGCUGUCCCGGGCCCGGCUGACCCUGGGCAAGCCUCUUGGAGAGGGCUGCUUCGGCCAGGUGGUCAUGGCGGAGGCCACUGGCAUCGACAAGGACCGUGCCGCCAGGCCUGUCACAGUGGCUGUGAAGAUGCUGAAAGACGACGCCUCUGACAAGGACCUGUCGGACCUGGUGUCAGAGAUGGAGAUGAUGAAGAUGAUUGGGAAGCACAAGAACAUCAUCAACCUGCUGGGGGCCUGCACACAGGGCGGGCCUCUGUACGUACUGGUGGAGUACGCAGCCAAGGGCAACCUGCGGGAGUACCUGCGGGCACGGAGGCCUCCGGGCAUGGACUACUCCUUCCACACCUGCAGGCUGCCUGAGGAACAGCUCACCUUCAAGGACCUGGUGUCCUGUGCCUAUCAGGUGGCACGGGGCAUGGAGUACCUGGCCUCCCAGAAGUGCAUCCACAGGGACCUUGCUGCCCGCAACGUGCUGGUGACCGAGGACAACGUGAUGAAGAUCGCAGACUUUGGCCUGGCCCGCGACGUGCACAACCUCGACUACUAUAAGAAGACCACCAAUGGCCGGCUGCCCGUGAAGUGGAUGGCUCCCGAGGCUCUGUUUGACCGAGUCUACACCCACCAGAGUGACGUCUGGUCCUUCGGGGUCCUGCUCUGGGAGAUCUUCACGCUGGGGGGCUCGCCCUACCCUGGCAUCCCCGUGGAAGAGCUCUUCAAGCUGCUGAAGGAGGGCCACCGCAUGGACAGGCCAGCCAACUGCACGCAUGACCUGUACAUGAUCAUGCGUGAGUGCUGGCACGCUGUGCCUGCCCAGAGGCCCACCUUCAAGCAGCUCGUGGAGGACCUGGACCGCGUUCUCACCGUGACGUCCACAGAUGAGUACCUGGACCUGUCGGUGCCCUUUGAGCAGUACUCGCCUGGUGGCCAGGACACCCCCAGCUCCAGCUCCUCCGGGGAUGACUCUGUGUUUACCCACGACCUGCUGCCCCCAGCCCCACCUAGCAGCGUGGGCCCUCGGACGUGAAGGGCCUGGGCCUUUAGGCUGAGCCCCACCAAUGUGAGAGUGGACCCCAGCCUACCCUGCUGCUGCUAGUGUGCAGUGGACCCAGACCCAAACCCAGGAUGGAUGGGCCAAUGGACACAGAUCUUCGUGUGUGUGUGUGUGUGUGUGUGUGUGUGUGUGUGUGUGAGAAAGAGAGAGAGAGAGAAAGUGUCCGGUGGCUCCUGGGUACAGAGGUCCCCUGGGGCCUGCGCUGCUAUACAGUGAUCUCCUGACUGACCAGUGCCAGGAGCACCAAGGGACCCUUGUUCUGGGGGGACCAAAUGCAGAAUGUAAGAGUGCCUGGUUCUUUACCGCUACCCCACAAGAAGCAUCAGGUACCAGGCUGGGCCCAGUGUCCACAGUGGGCCUCGGGCCCUCUAGUGCCCAGAGCUGAGCUGUGGGGAUGUCCCAUGUGGCACCUUGUGCCUGGAGUGGGUGGCAGCUUCCCCACCUCCAGGCCUCCCCACUUCCCACAUUGCCCCUCAGAGACUGAAAUUACGGGUACCUGAAGGUGGGAGCCUCUGCCUUCUAUCCGAGAGUUCUACUCCUGAAAUGAGUGUACAUUGUACAGAUAGGUGCUGUACAUGUGGUAUGCAUGCAGACAGACCUGUGAGCGUGUCUGUGGGAGGGCAGAGGGCGCAGGGCGCGGUGCCUGACGGGCCAGUCCCUUGGGACUGGCUCGUGAGGCAGGUGCGAACCACAGGGGAGCAACAGGCUUUUCUAGCACCACAGUUUUGUUUUAGAAAUUGUACCUGGACCUGUAUAUUUGUAAAGCUAUUUAUCGACCCCCAGAACCCUUGCACCCCCACCCAUGUUCAUAGUGUUUAGCCAGCCGCAUGGCAGAGAUUAAAGUUUUAACUUAUUAACAGCCGAGGCUUACGCCAAGUUCCCGGGCCGCCCAGGAGCAUGUGUAGCCGCACAUGAGGCCGAUGGGCGCUCAGAGCCUGGACGGCACUCGGCCAGAGGGUCUGCCUGAGCUCGUGUUUCCUCCGGCCUCCUUUGCAGGGGAACUAGCUUUCCAUAGGCGCUUUCUUUAGGAGAUUUAUUUUUUGUACUUCAAAGCAAGCUGGUAUUUUCAUACAGAUUCCAAUUACUGUGUUUCAGGUGGGGGCUGCGUCCAGGGAGGGGCUGGCCCUGCUUGCAGGUUCAGAUGUUAUUAGAUGCUACAAGUUUAUAUAUAUAUAUAUCUAUAUAUAUAAUUUAUUGAGUUUUUACAAGAUGUAUUUGCUGUAGACUUAACACUUCUUACGCAAUGCUUCUAGACUUUUAUAGCCUGGACUGCUACCUUUCAAAGCUUGGGAGAAAAAGCCGUGAAUUCAGUUUUGUUAUUUUUUGUACUGUUAAUGGGCCCCAAGCUCGGGUGGCUGUCUCUUGCUGGUCACUGGUGGCUCAGGGCAUCACUUCUCGAGGCCCAGCUGCAGUGGCCAGAGGUGUGGCUCACACUGGGGAGUGAUUUUGUUAACCAGCAGGCAUACUUUCCAAACAAUAAAGAGAAAGACCUGGUUCUGGC